AAAUAUCUCUUAUCGUCUGAUCCUGCAAGAAGAACACUUGAAAAAAAGUGACUUAAAAUAGAUUUUACUACACUCGGAAUAUCAAUAAGGUUUUUCAAAUGCCUACACAACAGGAUAGUAACAGUAAAGAUGUGCAUUCCUUCGAAAAUAAAAAGGCAGAACGCGGAGCUUUGACUUGAGAAACAGAUUAACCGCUGGUGUAAAGACUUGGAUUAUAAAUGAUAAAGUGAAAAUGCCAGUUCGUCGGGAUCGUAAGAGAGAAAACAUGCAUCCAUUUAAUAAUAAAAAUUUGAGGGGACGAAUGCUGCAGUCCCUGCACAGUCGUGCCAUGCUCAUAUUUGUUUGUACAUUGGUUAUCUUGGAAUGUCUCUGCGUCAUGGCAGAGCUAAUGGUUGAUCUUCAUGGAAUCAGGGUACGAUUUGACCAUGAAGAACAAGAGUUGAACCUCUUCAUACAGACACUGAAGGCAGAAAAUGGAGACUGUUCAACAGAUCCAACCUCACUUGGUGAUGUUUUAGACUUUGUUAUCAAUGCACAUUCAAACUCUAGAAACACAACUCGAUGCCAUGUGCGUAAAGUCAAAAAUUCUGAAAGUAUAAAUAAACUUGGUGAUAAUAAUAAUAUUCAAAGAAGGAGAAGAAGAUUUAUUUACGACUUUAUUGCCCAUAAUGACAACAAACAUCAGAAAAUUGGUGAUGAUUAUAGCGUAAGGAAUUAUAAAUCUUUCAAAAAGAGACGCUCAACAAAAGAAGGGGAACGGAAGAAAACUGACCCAAGUUUAUUUGUGUUCUCUCUGCACGUUGAUAAAGACAAUUACUUGGUGAUCUCAACAUUUGACGAAUUGACCAAAUCAGCUUUUCAACAAACGAACUGGAGUACAUAUAGUUCAAAAUAUAUUGGUUAUAAGGAAGAAAAUGAAAAAAUCCAAACCGUAUCUCACACAAUCAAAUACAUAGGAUUCUCCAUUCUUUCUAUGAUGGUAAUAGAGACGUUGUUGAAGAUGCUGUGUCUCGGUUGUGUUUUCUUCAGGAAGAAAAUUGAAGUAUUUGAUGCUGUCAUUGUAUUGGUAUCCUUUUUCUUAGACGUAAUGUUUAUCGAUAGUAACUGGUACGAGUCAGGGAAAGACGCUACGUCCAUUCUUGUUCUUUUGUUACCAUGGAGAAUUGUCCGAAUAAUCAACAGCUUUGUGAUGACCAUUAACCGUAAACACUAUAUUCAACUGAUGACCAUUAAGCGAUCAAAGAAAAAAAUUGUGCUGAAAUUGAAGAAACUGAGGCAUCUCAUGCUGGAAAUGCGACGUGACAUUGAUCUACUUAUUACUUUGUCCAAGGCAAAAGGGGCCUCAGAUACAGAGAUAUUUAACUGUAUAUAUGGAAAGGGCCGGGGGACAAAGUCACUGACAGCAAUCACAAGUUUUGCCUCGUUGAUGUUUAUAAGUACACUUGGUAAGGACCCGAGUAACAAAAGCAAUUGUGAUGAUAUGUAUGGCGAACUGAUUAGAGACAUACUUGGAGACGAUGAAGAGGACGAAGAUGAUACAGAAUUAGAGAAGACACUUACGGAUACAUCGAAUGAAAAGGAUUCAUACACGGAUAUACAGCGUGUAAACACAGAGGAAAGCUUUAUAAUACCGAAAGUAAACAAAAGAAAAACAACACCUGCAAUAAAAUCUUUAAAGUCUGAUGCAAAAAUAACACGACGUGUAACGUUACCAAGGCGACAUAAAAGUUGUAGUGAUGAAGAAAAUUCCGUGUUUUAUGUAAAUGACGCUUACGACGUCGAUGAAGAUUUAAAUAGCUCAAUUCCGCCGUUGUAUAAAUAUAGACGUGAUGUACAAAGUUUGCCCCAUAUUUGCUCUUCCGUUCGUGGGAAGAAUUAUGUGACUUUUGAAGUAACGACGCAAGUGACGUACUUAUAGAAGAAGAUGAACUUCAAGAAAACUCUGCUACAGUAACGACAUGAAUAAUUCCUUUGUAGAUUUGCUGGUAUUUAGAACAAAGACCAACAUAGUGAUUAACAUUGACAAGAACAAAAAUUAACAAGAACAUUGUGUUUAGUAAACAGAAGAAUUUUCAAUAUUUUUAUACCGUGCCUUUUCUUUAACCAUGUAGUUUCUUCAGGUUAAACUCUUAUUUGGAAUAUACAUCAAUUUUUCUUUACAUUUUUAAGUGGUAUUCUAUAGACAAUUUAUCUGCAUUUUUUUUAGAAAAUGGCUAAAGUGUUAAGGUGUGUUCAUGUCGGAAAAGAACAUGCAUGUAAAGAACUAUGUUUAACCAUUAAAGUAAGAUGUACUUACCCGUUUCCUAUAAUUUUGUUAAAAAUGGCAUUAUGUACUUUUUAUAAGACUGUAUUAUGUUAUAUUGUGUUGUACAUAUAUGAUUAGACGAAAAUACAAUAGUAGUAUUUGA